AGAGAAAGAGAGAGCUUAAGCAAGCUAGCAAUGACGUUAGUGAGAAACAAACAGGUGAUAUUGAGGAACUAUGUCACCACUUUUCCGAAAGAUUCGGACUUGUAUGUGACCAGCACUACUGCUAGUGUCAAGUUCAAGCUUCCUGCUCACACUAUCAUUACCACUUCAAAGGAACCAGCCGUCAUAGUGAAGAACCUCUACUUGUCUUGCGAUCCCUACCAGCGGCUCUUUAUGGAAAAAAUCCCAGGAGUCGACGAAUCUACGUAUAGUCAGCGAGUCUACUAUACACCCGGCUCGCCAAUAUAUGGGUAUGGAGUGGCUGAAGUGUUGGACUCACACCACCCAAAUUUUAAGGCAGGUGACUUAGUUUGGGGGACUACUAAUUGGGAGCAAUACAGCCUUAUCACUACACCCAAAAGCCUCAUCAAAAUCCAGCACACUGAUACUGAUGUACCCCUUUCCUACUAUGCUGGAAUUCUUGGUACAACUGGUUUGACCGCUUACGUUGGUUUCUAUGAAUUCUGUUCUCCGAAGAAAGGAGAAAAUGUGUUUGUUUCAGCAGCAGCUGGUGCUGUUGGUCAGCUUGUUGGCCAAAUUGCUAAACUAAUGGGUUGUUAUGUUGUUGGAAGUGCUGGUACUAAGCAAAAGAUUGAUCUAUUGAAGAGCAAGUUCGGAUUUGAUGACGCUUUUAACUAUAAGGAAGAGAGUGACUUGGAUGUGGCUUUGAAAAGGUAUUUUCCUGAAGGCAUUGAUAUAUACUUUGACAAUGUUGGCGGCAAAAUGCUGGAUGCGGUCUUCCUCAACAUGAGUGUCCAUGGCCGAAUUGCUGGUUGUGGAAUGAUUUCACAGUACAAUCUUGAUCAGCCAGAAGGGGUGACCAAUUUGAUGCACCUUGUGUACAAGCGUAUACGCUUCCAUGGAUUUACCGUUCGUGAUCACUAUCAUCUGCAUCCCAAAUUCUUAGACUUCAUUCUGCCUUACAUUCAACAAGGGAAGAUCGCUUAUAUAGAAGACAUCGUUGAAGGCCUUGAGAAUGCUCCAGCAGCACUGUUUGGACUUUUUAAGGGUCACAACAUUGGAAAACAAGUAGUUGCAGUUGAUCAUGAAUGAUCAAUGCUACAUGAUCAAUCCGCUGGUCUGGUGCACCAACUAUAACUGGGUAGUUAUUUGAGCCAGUACUAAUAUCAAAAGCGGCUCUUGGUCCUAGAGAAGGCUAUGCAUUAUCAGUACUAUUAACCCCCACACAUUUGAUUAAUCAGUGUAAAAUAAUAUAAACUAAAGUUCGACAUUUGGAUUGCCGGAGCCUGCUGCCACAAACUCCCAUCCCACCUGCAUAUAUCAAGUUUAAGACAGUCUAUUAGAAGUUUCUUAAGGUUAUUGUAUCAAACCCAAUGUUUUAAAACGCUGAGGCGUAGGUCGAGGCGUUUUGGGGAGAGCCUCAAUAAGGCGUUCUCCUUGAGGCGUAAGCCUUACGUAUAAACGAUCCAUAUAUAUGUCAUUAUUUGUCCCUCUCCAAGCA